CCCAUCAGCACUGAAGGGUCACUGCUCCAAGAUGUGCUCCAGACAAAGCUCCGGAGGCUGCCAUGGGAUGUCCUCCCAGUCUAGUGGGUGCCACAGCGAGGGCUCCGGUUGCCACGGGAGCGGCUCCUCCAGUUACCAGUCCCAGGGCUCCUCCUGCUGCGGGGGCGGAGGGGGCUCCAGCAAAGUCAUCAUCAGCUCUGGUGGUGGAGGAGGAGGAUCCUGCUGCAGUGGGGGCUCCUCUGGAUAUGGGAUAGGAGGGGAAUACAGUGGUGGCUCUUCAGGAUCAAAGACCAUCAUUGGAGGGGGAAGCAGUGGAGGAUACUCAGGUUAUGGCAUGGGAGGAGGGUGCGGUGGUGGCUCGUCAGGAUCAAAGAGCACUGUUGUAGGUGGAGGUAGUGGAGGUUCCUCUGGAUGCUGCAGUGGGGGCAGCUAUGGGAUGGGUGGAGGAUACGGUGCAUCUUCAGGAUCAAAGAGCAUCAUUGGAGGGGGAAGCAGUGGAAGUUCCUCUGGGUGCUGCAGUGGAGGAUACUCGGGUUAUGGCAUGGGAGGAGGGUGCGGUGGUGGAUCUUCAGGAUCAAAGAGCAUCGUUAUAGGUGGAGGUAGUGGAGGUUCCUCUGGAUACUGUGGUGGAGGAUCCAGCUAUAGGAUGGGUGGAGGAUAUGGUGGAUCUUCAGGAUCAAAGACCAUCAUUGGAGGGGGAAGCAGUGGAAGUUCCUCUGGGUGCUGCAGUGGAGGAUACUCAGGUUAUGGCAUGGGAGGAGGGUGCGGUGGUGGAUCUUCAGGAUCAAAGAGCAUCGUUAUAGGUGGAGGUAGUGGAGGUUCCUCUGGAUACUGUGGUGGAGGAUCCAGCUAUAGGAUGGGUGGAGGAUAUGGUGGAUCUUCAGGAUCAAAGACCAUCAUUGGAGGGGGAAGCAGUGGAAGUUCCUCUGGGUGCUGCAGUGGAGGAUACUCAGGUUAUGGCAUGGGAGGAGGGUGCGGUGGUGGAUCUUCAGGAUCAAAGAGCAUCGUUAUAGGUGGAGGUAGUGGAGGUUCCUCUGGAUACUGUGGUGGAGGAUCCAGCUAUGGCAUGGGUGGAGGAUAUGGUGGAUCUUCAGGAUCAAAGGCCAUCAUUGGAGGUGGAGGUUCCUCUGGGUGCUGCAGUGGGGGCUCCUCUAGCUAUGGGAUGGGUGGAGGAUAUGGUGGAUCUUCAGGAUCAAAGAGCAUCAUUGGAGGGGGAAGCAGUGGGGGUUCCUCUGGAUGCUGCAGUGGAGGAUCUUCAGGAUACGGGAUGGGAGGAGGGUAUGGUGGUGGGUCUUCAGGAGGGAAGAUCAUCAUUGGAGGUGGAGGCAGUGGUGGAUCCUCUGGAUGCUGUGGUGGAGGAUCCAGCUAUGGGAUGGGAGGAGGAUGCAGCAGCGGCUCCUCAGGCCAGACCAUCAUCAUCAGCUCUGGAGGGGGCAGCAGAGGCUCCUCCCAGCAUCCAGAGCCCAUUGUCAUCCCCAGCGUGGUGUCCCACCAGAGCAAGCAGAGCUCCUACUGGCCCUGCCAGCAGAAGUAACAGCCCUGGGCAGCUCCAGUUCCGAGUCUCUGCCAUGGCUCCUCUUUACCUCCAGCUCUGGCUCUGCUGCCUGGUCCUUCCCAGCGUGUCCUCUCCUGUCCCCUGGAUGCUGCACCCUCGUGUGAGAUCUCCAGGACUGCCCUGCUGUGCCCUGCUCCUGGUGUUGGGGUGCCUUUGAUAAUGUCCUGCCACUUUUUACAUCCAAUAAAUGUUACAAUUGCUCAAA